CACACGCUAAAACUCCACCCACCUCAGGGGUCUGCUUACGUCAGCCACACCCAUCUCAGGCCCGCUCUUCCUGUCGAGCAAUAUCAGACCACGCCCAAACCGAUUUGCCUUUUCCGUCCAUCAACAGCAAGGCCACGCCCUCCGCUAGCCUUCUCUUUCUGUCGAUCAACACCAGGCCACGCCCUCUGCCAGCCUUCUCUUUCUGUCGAUCAUCACCAGGCCACGCCCUCCGCCUGCCUUCUCUUUCUGUCGAUCAACAGCAAGGCCACGCCCCUCCUGUGCCUGUUACACAAACAGCAGCAGCUUGAGAGAGUAAAUAGAGAAAAGAUGGCGGAGUUCAUUCAGCUCAACAAACCCACCGAACCGAAACCCGCGAACCAAAACCGCGAUCAUCCUCCUCAUCCUCUUCAUCUUCCUCAUCAUCCUCCACCGGCCAAGAAGAUCCGUCAUGAGGAGAAAAUAUUCACAGCCAAGAAGAUGAACGGAGGCGCGAAGGAACAGAAUUACAUGAACGAACCGAAAAACAAGAAACCCCGAACAGAAAAAGAUCGAGAGAGAGAUAAAGAGAGGGAUAAAGAGAAAGAGAGAGAUAAAGAGAGAGAUAGAGAUAAAGAGAGGAAGAAACACAAAGUGGCUGCAGAAAAUCACCUCAGUAUGAAGCAGGAGAACGGAGCGCUCAAGUCACCGCAGAAAGAUCACACCGUCAAAGACAAAGAGAAACCGAGAGACCGAGAGAAGAAGAGAGAGAGAGAAAAAGAUGAGAAAGAGACGGAGAAACGCAAACACAAGCUGAUGACGGAGAUCAAGAGAGAGAACGGAGAGGUGAAGAUCCUGCAGACAGGUGACCGAGAGAAACCCAAGAUCAACUUGGCUGAAGAUUUACUGAUGAAGAAGGUGAAGAAGAAAAAGAAAAAGAAACAUAAAGAGGGUGAAAAGUGCAAACGGCCGAAAAUGUUCAGCAGAUCCAGCCAGACGGUUUGUUCCGAUCUGGCUGACCUGAUGUCCGUAUCUGGAGCAGAAUUCAAACCUCCUCUUCCCGUCCAGCAGGGCGGUGCUGGUGGACUGAGGCAGGAAGAGAACGGCGAUCAGAACUCGAGCACGGUGAAAGCUGGAAAACCGCCUGGACUGGAUUGUCUGGAGUUUGGCCGUCUGGUUCACGUGGAGCAGCAGCCGAACGGUGGCGCUCUGGUUCUGCAUGCGUACAGCAGUGAAAUCUCAGUUCUGUCUCCUGUGGAGAUGCAGAGGUUCGCUCAGGAGUUUGUCAAGUUAUCGUUCAGCGAGGACUGCGACAGAGCUGCCAACUACGUGAUGGGCGUAAUUCACGGUGCCGCUGCGUACCUCCCCGACUUCCUGGAUUAUUUCUCUAGCAAGUUCCCGAACUCGCCUGUUAAAAUGGAAAUCCUGGGAAAGAAGGACAUCGAGACGACCACUAUGGCAAACUUUCACACUCAGGUGAAGAGAAGUUACUCUCAUGGGACGUACCGUGCUGGAGCCAUGAGGCAGAUCAGUCUGGUGGGUGCUGUAGAUGAGGAGGUGGGUGAUUACUUCCCAGAAUUCCUCUGUAUGUUGGAGAAAUCACCAUUCCUGGAGCGGACGUUGCCAUGGGGAUCGUUCUCCAGUCUGAAACAGAUGAGUCCAACAGACAGUGAUGAUGGUCCCAUCAUGUGGGUUCGGCCCGGAGAGCAAAUGAUCCCAGUGACAGACAUGCCAAAGUCUCCAUUCAAACGAAAACGGUCGACCAAUGAAAUUAAGAAUCUGCAGUAUCUGCCGCGUGCCAGCGAACCGCGCGAGAUGCUGUUUGAGGAUCGAACCAGAGCUCAUGCCGAUCACAUCGGUCAAGGGUUCGAACGACAAACCACUGCAGCUGUGGGAGUGCUGAAAGCUGUGCGCUGCGGUGAAGGUCCUGAUCCUCCUCGUAUUACUAAAGACGUGAUCUGUUUCCACGCAGCUGAUUUCACUGAUGUGGUUCAGCGACUGCAACUCGACCUGUACGAGCCGCCGCUGUCUCAGUGUGUGCAGUGGGUAGACGAUGCGAAACUCAAUCAAUUGAGGCGCGAGGGAAUCCGUUACGCUCGUAUCCAGCUGUACGAUAACGACAUCUACUUCAUUCCUCGGAACGUCGUUCAUCAGUUCAAGAGCGUGUCGGCUGUGUGCAGCCUCGCUUGGCAUGUGCGUUUGAAACAGUAUUACCAGAACGGCAAGGAAGAGGCACGUAAGGAAGAUGGUGGUCAGAUGAAGCACAUCAAGCAGGAGCCGCUGAGUGAGAACAUUGACUUCAGACCCUCGGGAGAGACGCCUGAUAUACCGCAGAUAAAGGUGGAAUUGGCAGAGCCAACAGCCGAGAAAUCGCCCAAAGCUCUGCCCAGCAACAGCAGCUUGACUUCGCCUCCUGCCAACUCAGCUGAUGGGCAACCCAAAGUGCAGCACGAAUCAGAAUGUCAAAGCGCUCUGUCACCCCCCCCCACUGCUACACCCAACGCUUCACGCAGCUCAAUAGCCAGCCCGCACACACCCAAACACUCAAACGCAUCAACGUCCACUAAACAGACACACACCUCAACACCUACCAAACAGACACACACCUCUACUUCUACCAAGCCAACACACAUGUCAACGCCAACCAAACACACAUACACGUCAAUGCCAACCAAACAUACACACACCUCCAAAUACUUGCAAUCUUCCUCUGUCCCAAAACCGGGACAAGCCCCCUCAUUACCAAACAAACCCACCCACUCUACUAACGCAACCAAACCAACCCACUCAACUAACACAACCAAACCAACCCAUUUAACUAACACAAUCAAACCAACCCACUCUACUAACCUAACCAAACACACCCAUUCUACUAACCUAACCAGACCCACCCACUCUACUAAUCCAGCCAAACCAACCCACUCUACUAACUCAAGCAAAGCAACACACUCUAUGAAAACAGAGAAAUAUACACACUCCACAUUAAUAACCAAACCCAGUCCCAAACUGAGCUCUGGACUGUCAAUCAGCUGGACUGCUCCGCCCCUGGCCCCACCCCCUCUGAGGCCAGACCGCCCACAAGACUCUGUUUACCCAAAGGCCGUCAGACACCCACAUAAAACACACAAAGACUUUUUAUACUGAUUUGUACAGAGCAGCUUUUAAAUGGCCCUUCUUUUAAUCAUUUAUUUCUGCUUUUGUUUUUAAUCUAAAGAGAGAGAGACCCCAUGAGUUCAGUAAGACAGCUGUUGAAUCUGUCUCUCUCUCUCUCUCUCUCUCUCUGUGUCUGUCUCUCUGUUUCUGCACUGCAAAAAAAAAAAAAAAAAAAAACUUUAAACAGUAUUUUUGUCUUGUUUCCUAAAAACAAGGUACAUUUUAUUAGAGAAGCAAAAUUGCUUAAAAUACUUAUUUUCAGAUUUAUGUUGAACAUUGUUUCCCUCUUGUUUUAAGCUUAAACCUCAUGAUAGAUUUAUGCUUAAAACAAUUGAACAGUAUGCCAGUGGAGUUGGAUAAUAAAGUGAUUGUGAUAUUGCUUUUAUACAGCAAUCCAACAAACAAGUAAAUAAAUUAGGAAAAAAACAAGGAAUGUCCCUAAAAUCCUAGUGUGUUGAACCACCUCCUGAAGACGUGGAUUUAGGAUCUUGUUUAGAAACAAUCGAAGCUGCUGUUGCCGUUUGAAAGAUGCGCACAAGCCACCAUUUCUAAAGCUGGCUCUACGCUAGCUGAUUUUUCCAAUGAUUUUCAGGUGUUAGCUUCAUUAACUUAAUCACCGGCCAGGCAGAGGAAGACAGAGCACCCAUUAGCACCUCUCAGCGGGAGGUGUUAAUCACUUGACCGUCGGGACUCCCUGCUGAGUUAAUGGCUUCAAGCAGGGUCCGAAAUUAACUUUUUAGCCCACCAGCCAAGUUGACUGGUAGAUUGAAGCAGUGGAUUUUACAGACAUGAGACAAAUAAACAAUAGUGUAAGCAUGUUUAAAAUUAACUUUAAAUGUUUUAUUGUUUUUAUUAUUUAUUAAAUAUUUAAUAGCUAGAUAAGUCUUAUUUUUCAGAUUAUUCACUUACAACAAAAACUCAAUUUGUAUUUUAAACUACAUCACUACUGUCAUAUGAACGAGUGAGUCUCAUGAGUCUUAAGUACACAGUAACAGUUCUUGGUUUACUUGGGGUGAAUAAAUUAAUGUAGUCAGCUCCAGUCUUCUUGAUUCACUAAAAAGAACCUGUUCAAAAGAAUCAUUAAAUUGGAUAUUGGUCUACUGGUAGCGCUUUGACUCAUCUCGAGCUGUAGAUACAGUAGCAAAGAGGGUUGCUGCGGUGAUUAAUAGUAGUACAGGAAACACAAAGUAUUUUAGUCUGGUUUUUUUAUCCACAUCACCAGAAGAAUGAACGUUAACGAAACCAGAUGUCAUGAAAAUCAGUUGGUUUAAAUUAUAAUGCGAUCAUUACCAGAGAAUUUGUAAUGUGUGGUGGUGGGUAAUUAAAACAUUCUCGCACAUCCACUGGAAAUCCAAGAGGGUUCCUCCCUUCAUCCCGAUGGCAUGAACGCUCAUUGCUUUAAUCUUGCAUCAAGAUUUACUGCUAACGGUACACAUCAAGCAGUGGCGGCCCGUGCAUUUUAAGUCUAGGCCUACAGUGCGAUUCAUGCCAUUAAGAAAACACAGUUUCACAAUGAAUAAGAUGCCGUAUGCCCAUCAUACAUUACGUGGCAGUCAACUAAUACCAACUGACAUUUUAAAAACACGUCCAUGCACGAAAGCCUAAUACCAAGAAAAAUCUCUCUAAUAAUAUUUGCAAUUUAAAUUUUGCUUGCAAUAAAUUUUGUUUCGUCAGGGUGCACGGUUACUUUUCAAAACUUGAUCCGACACUGAAUGUUCAAGUAGCCUAAUUUACACUUAGAAAACUCCUGAUGUUGCUAUAACAAUGCAAAAAGCACUUACCAAUUUACUUGAAGUGAAAAUCAGCUCUCAUUUCCUGUUUAAUUAAUCAAUCGCACGAUCAUGCAGAACAUCUCAGGUUUUUAAAUCCAUAAGGAUCGCUUUCUCAACGGUGAUAGCAGCAGUGAUGACAUCUGACUUGUCAGCAAGAUCUCACGAAUUUUUGAAAAAGUUGUCACUUUGCUUGUAAGCAUUGAGGAAUAAAUUCUGAUUGGAUAAAUUUUUUUUGUUUUUUGGUAUUCGUUUGUAGAUUAAUUAGGAGUGGAAAGCGAUUGAAAAUACAUAGGCAAAAAGGUCAAUGUGAAUGAAAGGAUGAAAAAAAUAUUUAUUAGGAAUGUUACACCAGCAGAGAAGGCUUUGCUGGCCCUGAGAAAUCACCACUGAUGUCAAGUGAUGCGGAAGAAAUCCGCUCGCCACACCAGAGAGCUGCCAUGUAUUGUCUAUUAGCUUUCGGUACACGAGCAACGCUAUCAUCUUAAAUAUGUGCGAUUACAGUUGGAAAGAUGCCAACUUCAUUUUCAAAUGCCCAAAGUAUACAAAGUGUUGAUCUAUUAAACUUUUGCUUAAUUUAACAAUUAAAGCACUGAAUCCACCUUUGCUCAUGUGCUAGUGGACACAGCAUUUUAAGAGCUGUUAUGUGUAAACACCUGUGACCUCAAUGACUGUAGGCCUGCAGAGCCCCCUUGUGGACAAAACUGGUACGUGUCAAAUUAUUUUACAAGCUGACAUGAAAUGAAAGCAGCCAAAUUGGCAUGUGAUGCUGCAGAAUUCACCGGCCAAAUAGAAAGUGUACCUGCAUUUGGUGCUUGGCGGGUGUUAAUUUCGGACUCUUGCUUCAAGCACUGAAAACCACAUCUGUUGUUUGAAAAAAUCAUUGUCACAUAGAAGAACAUGAUGACAAGCUGAUCUGAACUUUUUUUUGUAUUACACUCAGCUGCAUAUCAUCUCAAAUGCUGAUUAAAAUCCUUAGUGAUUCUGUUAUUCUGCAGAAAUAAUGCAAAAGCAACAAAUUACAUAUAAAAAUAACCUUGAUGGACAUUUUACAGUUUUGGUGCAUUUUAAAAUAUAACCUUGUGAAAGCCAACCGAACCAUGAAAAAAAUGCAACUGUAACUAUUUUAGCCUGUUUCAGAACAAUCAAGCAUGCUACAGGUCUGAAAAUGCCUCAUUACUCUAUUGCAAUUGCAAUUUUACUCAUGUUAUUUUGUCAGAGAUAUAUAGUUGCGAUGAGUCCUAUGUAUGUCUUACGUCUGACUGAAGAGAGAGAGAUCUCAGCAAAACAGUCUGCAUGUGUGACACCCUCGGCUAAAAUGAGUUGUUUUGAGUCUGCUAGUGUAGAGCCAGCUCAAUGUGUGUGUGUGAGAGAGAUAUCGAGCGUUUGUGUGUCUGUUGUGACUCUCAGCAGUAAUCUGCAGAACUGCUGAAGCUGUUAAUUUAACUAUAUUUCUCAGCUGUAGUGUUGUAGUAAUCUGCUUCAAGCGAGACAACACUGAUGUUUUCACUGAGAGACAGCGCAGAUUCUCUCAACAGAAACUCAGACAGUCAAUUGUAAAUGUGUGAUGUCACAGUGCUCCAAUCAGAUUCAAGGAUCAGAACUAACUGUUGUAUAAAUAAACCUAUGAAAAAAUAUUGCCUAAAUACAAUACAAGUUUGCCUCUUUAAGUAAAUGUAUUUUGUAUAUAUUUCUACUGGAAAACAAGACAAAAGUACUGAUUAAUGAAAUGUGUUUUGCAGUGUUUGUGUCUGUUGUUGGUUGUCAACAUGGUAAAUGUAUCUCGUAACACAUCCCUCAGUGCCUGUCCCAAACUGUGAACGAUUGAAGCACUUCGGUUCAGCUGCACACUGAGAAUAUACCACAAAUCCAAACAGCUCCUUGAAUAAUAUAUUUUCUGUUGUAGUUUAGUGGUAUUAGAGCUGACAUGGACAUAUAUAUUUUUUGUAAAAUGACAUAGAAUUCUUUUCCAUAGAGCUUAUUUAUAUCAAGGGUUUCUUUGGUUUUGUCAGAACUGUAGUGUACAUAAUGAUUUUUCUAAAGCAAAUGUGUAGUGUGAUUUAUACUGAAAUAAGGACCUCCUAAUAAAAGGUUCUGUUUGUUGGA